UUCAACAUUGCCGGCUGCUGCCGGCUAGUCGCCGAUGACUUCCAACAACUCGGCGGUCGGCACCGAUGGCGCAUCCCGUCAUACAGUAGCAAUAUCCACACCCAUUUAUACAUCCACUCACCAGUUGUACUUGUACAACUCCAAUAACGCCGCCACUUGAACACACGGAGAAGCAAUGCGGAGCAGCGUCGUGCUGUACACAUGGAUGGUCCGGGGGCACAUCCACCCCAUGACGCAGCUCGCCGAUCACAUCGCCAACCAUGGCGUCCCCGUCACAGUCGCCGUCGCUGACGUUCCGUCGUCAGGUGAGUCCCGUAAGACCGUUGCCCGCCUCUCCGCGUACUACCCUUCCGUCUCCUUCCAGCUGCUGCCGUCGGCGCCGGCCCGUCCCGGCGACACGGUCGACCCCGACGCCGACCCCUUCAUCACCCUCCUCACUGACAUCCGCGCCGCCAAUGCCGCACUCAUCGCCUUCGUGCGCUCCCUCCCGUCCGUGGUGGCCCUUGUCAUCGACUUCUUCUGUGCGGACGGGCUCGACGUCGCCGCGGAGCUCGGCGUCCCGGCCUACCUGUUCUUCGUCUCCUGCGCGUCCGCCCUUGCUUCCUAUCUGCACAUCCCCGUCAUGCGAUCCGCCGUGUCUUUCCGGGAGAUGGGGCGCUCCAUGUUGCGCUUCCCGGGAGUCCAUCCAAUUCCGGCGUCCGACCUGCCCGAAGUCCUGCUCGACCGCGACAAAGAACAGUACAAGGCAACCAUUUCUUUCUUCGAGCAGCUGGCCAAAGCGAAGCACAUACUGGUGAACACGUUCGAGUGGCUGGAGCCCCGCGCGGUGAAGGCAAUACAAGACGGGAUCCCACGCCCCGGCGAGCCCGCACCGAGAUUAUUCUGCGUCGGCCCACUGGUCGGCGAAGAGAGGGGAGGCGAGGAGAAGAAGCACGAAUGCUUAAGGUGGCUCGACGUGCAACCGGCGCGGAGUGUGGUCUUCCUGUGCUUCGGGAGCGCGAGCUCGUUGCCGGCGGAGCAGCUAAAGGAGAUCGCCGUGGGGCUGGAGAGGAGCAACCACUCUUUCCUCUGGGCCGUGCGCGCGCCGGUCACGCCGGAUGCGGACUCGACGAAACGGCUCGAGGGGCGCGGCGAGGCGGCGCUGGAGUCGCUGCUCCCGGAGGGGUUCUUGGACAGGACCCGGGGGCGGGGGCUGGUGUUGUCGUCGUGGGCGCCUCAGGUGCAGGUGCUGCGACACCCGGCGACCGGCGCGUUCGUGACGCACUGCGGGUGGAACUCGACGCUGGAGGCCGUCACGGCAGGAGUGCCGAUGGUUUGCUGGCCGAUGUACGCAGAGCAGAGGAUGAACAAGGUGUUCAUCGUGGAGGACAUGAAGCUUGGGGUGGUGAUCGAUGGCUAUGACGAUGGGAUGGUGAAGGCAGAGGAGGUGCAGGCGAAGGUAAGGCUGGUGAUGGAGUCUGAGCAAGGGAAGCAGAUGAGGGAGAGGAUGGCGUUGGCGAAAGAGAUGGCCACUCGGGCGACGCAGACUGGGGGAUCGUCGAUGGCAUCAUUCGCUGACUUCCUUGGCAGCCGGAAAAUUGAUUUGGUCAACACAAAAACGCAAAGCCUUUCUUAAUCGUGGUCUACUAGAGACAUCUCAUAAUUGUAUUUUUUUUAAUUAUGCAAUCACAA